UUGACACAACAACACAAACGCCAUCUUUAGCUGACAGGCAAACUACCGAAGCAGCAGAGUUGUGAAGAGAAACUAGGUCAGGCGCUCGGAACACGAAAGGACUUUUGAAAACCUCCUUGAAUAAGCUUGUAAUCAGUGUCUGCUAACCUCCCGACACCCCGUGCUGUCCUAUGGUCCAAUGUGUUUGAUCGGUAGGCCAGCUCGAACGCAGUUUUCUUGUGUCGGUCCCGGUUGAUGUUGAGUAAGCGUUUUUUCUGACAAACAUCCGACGAAGGCGAAAGCCAGGAUGAAACGAGUUCUCCAAGGGAAUGAGCAGGAGGAAGGAGGUGGCACCAGCGGUGGGUCUCAGAAGACCCUUAAACGGCCCUGCAAGCAGAGGAGGGAGAAAGAUUUGGAGGAGGAGGGUGCCCGCUGGGAAUGUCUGCCUCAGGAGAUCCUGCUCCACAUCUUCCAGUACCUGCCUCUACUGGACAGGGCUUAUGCCUCUCAGGUGUGUCGAGGUUGGAACCAGGCUUUUCACAUGCCAGAGCUGUGGCGGUGUUUUGAGUUCGAGUUAAACCAGCCAGCCAGCUCCUACCUGAAGGCCACACACCCAGACCUCAUCAAACAGAUAAUCAAAAGGCACUCCAACCACCUGCAAUAUGUCAGCUUCAAGGUGGACAGCAGCAGAGAGUCUGCGGAGGCAGCGUGCGACAUCCUCUCUCAGCUCGUGAAUUGUUCUUUGAAAACAUUGGGGCUCAUCUCCACAGCUCGGCCCAGUUUCAUGGAGCUGCCCAAAUCUCACUUCAUCUCAGCACUGACAGUGGUUUUUGUCAACUCCAAAUCCUUGUCCUCACUGAAGAUUGAUGAUACACCGGUUGACGACCCCUCCCUCAAAGUCCUGGUGGCUAAUAACAGCGACACACUCAAACUGCUGAAAAUGAGCAGCUGCCCUCACGUUUCACCUGCAGGCAUCCUGUGUGUGGCCGAUCAAUGCCAUGGCCUCAGAGAACUGGCUCUCAACUACCAUUUGUUGAGUGAUGAACUUCUCAUCGCCCUGUCCUCAGAGAAGCACGUUCACCUCGAGCACCUUCGCAUCGACGUGGUUAGUGAGAAUCCUGGCCAACAUUUCCACACCAUCAAGAAGAGCAGCUGGGACGCCAUGGUGCGCCACUCUCCUAAAUUUAAUCUGGUCAUGUACUUCUUUCUCUAUGAGGAUGAGUUUGGCCCUUUCUUCCGUGAUGAAAUCCCCGUUACGCAUUUAUACUUCGGCCGCUCUGUCAGUAAAGACGUCCUGGGGCGCGUUGGGCUCACCUGCCCGCGUCUGGUUGAGCUGGUGGUGUGCGCCAACGGGCUGCGGCCGCUGGAUGAAGAGCUGAUUUGCAUUGCCCAACGCUGCACGCAGCUGUCGGCCAUCGGCUUGGGAGAGUGUGAAGUGUCCUGCAGCGCCUUCGUGGAGUUUGUCAAGAUGUGUGGAGACAGACUGACACAGCUGUCCAUCAUGGAGGAAGUGCUGGUCCCAGAUCACCGCUAUGGGCUGGAUGAUAUCCACUGGGAAGUGUCAAAGCAUUUGGGUCGUGUUUGGUUCCCAGACAUGAUGCCUACCUGGUAGAGCUCUGGGAGAAGGUGUCAGUUUCUAUGAGUUUUAAUAUAUAUAUGUGUGUGUGUGUGUGUGUGUGUGUCCUCAUCUUUCUCCUGCUUUUCAGAAAAGUCCUUUCACAAGCACCAUAUAUACAUCUCUUUGAGUUUUGAUAUGAUAAAACAUCUGUUUAUUGAUUUCAACUCUACCAUAUUGUUCUAUGUAUAGAAUUUUUAUAUUUAAAUGAAUAUUUAAGUCUAAAUUUGUUUUUCUUGUUGUCACAUUUAGCACCUUGUUCUCUGAGCCAUAUGUCUUGGGCAGUGAAACCCUGCAGAUUGGUUAUUUGUAGUUUAUUCAGGGGUGAUGCUUUUCCAUGGGAAUUAACAGGAAUGAUUGGGAAAGUUUGGGAGUUAUUUCAUCCACACAGGUUGUAAUUAGUGCAUUGUCUGCAGACAGAUUCAUAAACAUGUUUACCAUAUGACGAGUGGGCAUAAGUACAAAUCGCUCUAACUGAGACACUUUAUAGUAACGUAUAGAAUAAAUUCAACAGAUUGUCAUCAUCACACUGCAGAAUGGCUUUUAGGUCAGGCAUUGUGGUAAUCUUCACGUGUGAUGGAAAGAUGCACAUUAGAUGGGGAUGAUCACCGUUAUAAGCUAAUAUGUUUUGUUGAUAUUCAGUUAAAAUCUCCACAACCCAAGUAACAACACGCUGUGACUGUGCAAGAAUAAGAAACAUUUUAUUUUAAAGGGACAGUCACCAGUUGUGUGGAGGUUGUUAUAGAGGUGGUCGAGCAUGUAACUACGGUCAUGUAGGCAAUAGCACAUAAGGAUUCCACAUUGAAUCCAUAUAUUUUUGUUUGGUUUUGGUUUCCAUGUGUUGUUGUCUAUUGUCAUGUCUCUAUUUAAUGUCUUUGAAUGUGUUUCUGAGUCACUGCAUCUCAUUUAGAACAACAGAACUGUCUCUUCCUCCGUCCUCUGAUUUGACAUGGACAGGGCUAAAGACAGUUCCAUCUCUCUUUUUCUAAGGACAGCUAUUUGUGAAGGUGGUGCUCUUAAGUGACUUUGGCCAUAAUCAUGUUAGUCUGUAUAUG